UCUGUCAUGACAAAUCACGCCGUAGGCUGAUUACCGACGAUCGCUUCGGCAUCCGAGCUGCUUUGCAUGUUCAGGCUACACCGAAGAUUCCAGCCUUUCUUAACCCGGGGGGCUACAUUGAAGGAAUUCACAUCAUGAAUCACUCAAGCCACAGAAAAUCAUUCAUUUGUUCUGUUUUUUUCUCCAAGAUUGGAUGCUUAAUGCCACAAGCCAUGUUUCUACUUUUCAUCUGUAUCCAGAAAGACCUUUUUUCAUCCCAGUCUUUAAACGGACAUGCUCUGACUGCUCAAAUUCUAAUUUAUCAGUGACCUUACUUCCGAGAAAGUGUCGGGCCAGCAGACUAAUACGACUUCCUGAUCAGACUCCGAAGUCCAGCCAGUUCACACAGUUGGAAACCGGAAUAUAUCACUGCAUGAUUUGUGGGCAUGAGCGGGAACAGCAGAAACUUUUCAAGGUCAAAUGAAACUUUUCUGAAAUUGGACACAACACCGAUCUGUAAUCAUGUCUCCUCCCACCAAAGAUGACAUUUUUGCAUACGCCCUUUCCAAGACCUUAACCAAAGUUUCAUCGCCGGCAACUGUCGGACUUUACUCUUCUUGUCAGAGUCGAAUUGGAAGAAUCCUUGGAAAAAUGGAAGUGUACUUGUCGCGAGAAGCUUUGAAGAUCGAAGAGAACUACAAAGGAAAAUUCCAGCCUCGCACUAUUCAACCUUCACUUUCUGGCCUGUUAGCGCUAGUUUGGCGCCUGCUAUUCUACAAGCCCAUUUGGACCAAAGAGAAUCUGGACCAUCAAAAUGUCCGUUUCAUUUUUGUAAACUUCAGCGCCUGGCACUUUGCAGGCAGUGACCUGCUCUGGGCCGGUCUGGCCAUCCGACUCUUUCAAGCGAUGCAAAUCAAUUUUGGGAAAUUACAGCUAGUAUUAUAUCGGGCGGCCCAACAUGAUGUCGACGAUGAAAUCAAAAAGAAGAUAGUGGUGGCUGGUCCCAAUCACUGGAGGUCCAAGAAAAUUUGUUGCUGCCCUCUGUGGUUUCUCCUCCUUCUCACUCUGUUGGUGCCAUUAAUCAUCCUAGUAUUCCUUUUGACAUUUGAACUUCCCAACCAUAUGGGCAAACCUGCUGCGAAAGUAAACGGAACAACCACGAGCCACGGUAGCGUGCUAAAAGGCCUGGCCCUUGCUUCCUUUGGAGUUCCAGCUGCCAAAGCGCUGAGGUUUUCUUUCCGGAUCCUCAAGAACCUUAUUUUCAACCAGGAGCGCAAAAUCAAGCGAGGCAUGGACAACAAGCGGGUCAGCAGCAAGCUGGGCUUCAUGGACCAAGUCAGGAAAGAGAUGUGGCUCCUUUCUCGUUUUGUCGAGUUCAUGGAGGUGUUUGAGAGGAGAAGGAUCAGAGUGGUUCUAAAGAUCGUCAAUUUAGACCGCUGCUCCCCGCCGAAAAUUGUUGCCGUUUUAGAUGCUAUCGACAUUCUGCUAUCGGACGAAGACAGUCCGUUCAUUUCAAUUCUGGCGGUCGACCCAGACAUUAUCGUGGAGAAGGUCAACUACGCAGAUGGCUGCUUUUGCAAAGAAGACCGGGCUUACGCGCUGUUGCGGCGAAUUGUUACUCUGGCCUUCACCGUGCCCCCCCUUUGCGACGAUUCAAAGCUCACUUUAUUUCACAGCCUGGCCGGCGGUUCAAAAACUCUCAAGGACGGGAGCAUAAUCGAAGAUAAACAUCAAACUGGAAGCUUUGAAAGAAACUCUUUAUCAAAUUCAUCUUCAGUGGUGAUCUUGGAAACAAACGAGGCAAUGCCCUUGAUAGAUAAAACUGUUCAACCAGAUAUAACCGAGGCGGAAGUCGAAGGGUGGGUUAAGAGGAUCCUUAAAAGCACCGAGACGAAGUUAAAUGAGUAUAUCUUAGAUGACUCCAUGUCCAUGCGGCGAGUGAUCAACUCAAUUCGAGUGACUGUGAUCAUCAUGAAAGCCUCAAAGACAGAGCUCCCUCAACCUGAUCUCAUAGCCGCCUGGGUGGUCCUGGCUAAUCAGUGGCCCUGCCGACUCAGCUGGAUUAUCCAGUGUGUGGAAGAUGCCCGACAGAGAGACGAUAUCGAUCAGAACGAGGUUGACGAUUCCAAAAGCUUAUGGGAAGUUUUCACCGAGUCCAGAGCCGAGCUUUACGUGAUGCGUUCUCAGAUUGAAGACCUACUUGACCAGGACGGAGACCCGGAGAUGUUUGAGAGAUUCCUCAAGUUAGACUUUCGCUUCACAAUUAAGGAUCUGAAGGCACUCAACCGGGUCACGGUGAACCUAAAUCCGUCGAUUAAGAGUGAGUUGGCAAUGAUACGAGGAACAUCCAGGUUGAAAGAUACCGGUUGGAUCAGAACCUCUGCGCCUUUGCCGAUCACAUCUCUAAUCAAUAUGGACUCGGAGGAUAUUUGUAAAGAGCUGGAAAAGAUGGAAUAUCCACAAAAGUAUGCUGAAAUCAUAAAAAGCAAUCACAUCACUGGCUCGUCGCUGGUAUUUGGUGACCCGGAUGAUAUUAAAAAACUCUUAGACAUGACCUUUGGAGAAUGGACUACCUUCCGACUCCGCUUCCUGGGUUUUCCACUGCAUCUUCAAGCGCAAAACAAGAAUGUGCAGCACCCUCCAAGUCACCUGUCGAGACUUCACCUGCAUGACUCUCAUCAUUCCUUAUCAAAUCCUCAUUAGCUAAGAAUCCAAGAUGGAUAUCCCAGAAAUAUUCAUCGAAAAAUAGUAAUUCGAUCACCCAAUUCCAAGUGUUAUUGAUAUGCAGCAAUUUAGUUUUGGCACCUUAUUUCUAAGACUCCAUGCCAAACGUCUCUUUGUCUCACCAAUGAGGCACAAAUUUUGCAAUUUUUUUUUUUUUUUAUACAAACUGUGACAGGUAGAGGGCUUUAUAGACCGAAGACCACGUUGUGUAUUUGUACAGACUGACGGCAAAAGCAAAUACUCGUGUGAGGCAGUGAAAUGUAAAUGAAGUGUAUACAGCAUAUUUCUAAAUUACACAGUCUAUAAAUCGAUGCUGCACAAAAAGCGGCCCGUAAUAAAUGAUGCUGACACUA